CGCUCGGGCCCGCCGCCGAAUGCCCGUGGACGCGCAUCUCCUCCCCGAGUUCCUGCUUCCCGGGCCAGCCAAAGCCGCAGCAGCCUGAAUGCACAUCUGAUCGCUGAACAGAAAAUGCAGAGGCCUUCGGGCAGACGGGAACCACAUAAACUCUUGCCUGCUGUGAGAGCCUCAAGGAAGGAGCAAGGCACACAGGUAAAGAGGCACCUGACUCAAGGACAAAGAAAGACUAUGGCUGCUGCUCCCAAAUCCCAUGCACAUGUCAAGAAGUUGGCUGUGGAAGAAGGAGUCUUCACUGGGAAGAACGCUGUGCACCAGCUCCAGGCACAGACAGAUCCAAUAACCCAGGAGGAAAACUUGCAGGGGACUGUGCUGCUAAGCCAGCCCCCAGAGCCAUCACCUGUGCCCUAUACUCCAGAGACCAUAGGGCAGCAUUUGGCUGUUCCCUUUUCUGGGGAGCCCCAUGAGCCCUCUGCCAUGUCGAACAUAUGCUCAAACCUGAUUCUUCAGCCCUGUGCUACCACUGAUCCUAUUCUACUGCAGCCACAGGACCCCAGUGCCUCUAAUCAGGCUUCAGCUUCUGCCACCUUAGAGUGGCAGGAGAUGCUGGAGGCUGCUGAAGCUCUGCUGGCUCUGAAAAAUUCUUCUCAGGCCCGGCUCCAGUCUCGUGGCAUGCCAGGUCCUUCUGGAGAGAGGGGACUGCAACUGGCCAGCCCCUCUAUGCCACCAAGGUCUGCCAGCUCUGGUUCGCUGCCUACUGGACAUCUGGAUUGCAUGUCCCUUUUGACCUAAGAGCCCAGAUUGGGAGGCCUCGCUAGAGCACUGCCUGUUUGAGUCUUGUUUCUGAACUUGCAAAAUGGCUCCUGUCCAAAGUGCUUAAUGUGUUUUUUAAGCAUUCAGGUAUUUUAUAAGCUUUCAGAUCCUUUUUAUGGUGUAGGGCAAUUACUUGGCUUUCCUAUGUUCUUUACCUCCAUCCCUAAUUUCUUUGGAAGCUGGGGCUUUUUAUGUGUCUUAUAAAAAUGCUUUGUGCAAUCUAAUUUGAUCAGUCAAUCAAUGGGGUUCUGAGUGGUAUCAAAUGCCAGUGUUUUCCUUUGUGUGCGAUUGUACACAUACCUGUGCACUACUUUACUGAUUCACGCGUGUGGAAAUAUGAGGAUUUUCACACUGCAUCUAGGUUUGUGUGUUACCAAAAAUAAAUACUUUUUUG